CAGCUCCGGCGGCGGAGGGGCCGGCCCAGCCGCCCAAGCGCUGCCGUGCAAAACAUCCACCGCUGCUGUGCUAGCGUGGCAAGGCGAGCGGCGUGCGCUGCUGAUGCGGAAUAGACGCCCCCUCCGGGGAAGUCUUUGAUGCUGUAGAUUUCGCUCCCGACCCAGCCCUGGGGAUGGCGGCGCCGGCGAUGAUGCCGACGGAGGGCCUGGAGGCGGCCAUCGCCGAGCUCCCCGCGAAGAAGGAAGCCCUGCGCGAGGCCUUCGACCGCCUCGCCGCCUGCUCGCCCUACCCGCUCCCCUUCUCAUGGGAGGAACUCGAAGCCCACGUCUCCUCCAUCCACUCCUCCAUCUCGCGCCGGUUCCGACAGCUGAGGGUCCUCGAGGCCGCCCGCCCUGCCCACGCUGGUAAGAACCAGGAAGGGGCUAAAGAGGAGGAAGAAGUGGAGGAGGAGGAGGAAGAAGUGGAGGAGGUGGUGGUGGAAGAAGUGGAGGAAGAAGAGGAGGAGGAGGUGGAGGAAGAGGAAGAGGAAGAAGAGGAGGAGGUGGAGGAAGAGGUGAAGGAGGAGGCCAAGGAAGUGGUGCAGGAUGCCAACAUCGGCAAUCAGGCCAAGGACGACAAUGAGGGCGGCAUGGGUGAGGAGCAGGAUGCCGAUGAGGAGGCAGUGGCUACCCAGCUAUCUGCAGGGCAGGACAAUGAGGCUGAAGGGGAGAUGCAGGAGGUCGACGAGGAUGUGCAGGAUGACAAAGAAGAGGAGCAGGAUACCGAAGAGGAGAUGGUUGUAGAACAGCUUGGACGGCUUCCUCCAUGUGGGAGGAAGGAUCUUAUAGCGGCAUGUGAGAGAAUGGACGCAGGGAUGCUGGCCCAGUUCGUGAUCUGUGUCAGUGGCAUCCUCAAGAAAAAGUUUCUGGAUGCAUUGCACCAUGCCCCAGAUCCAGCGGCACUUGUUCUCCAAGUGGUCAAGAUAUUCCUAUCCAGCAAGAAGUUCAAGUUUGCCAAGGUCUGGUUGAAAUGUGCCAGGCUGAUUCGUUGGUUGUCUAUGGCAUCUGCCAAACCUUCUACAGACACAAUAAAGGAGGCCAUGCUGGUGGCAAAAGAUUGGAAGAAAAUGAUCGACAGGAAGGGUUCUCGUGGGGAACUUGAUCUGCUGGCUGCUUGGGGCUUUCUCCACUUCCUCAUAUCUUAUGAUAUUGUAUCUGAAUUCCAUAUUCAUGAGAUCAUCCGUAUCUUUGCUAUGGUCCAUCAUAAAAAUAAUAAGAAAAACACUGUCAACUUUUGCAAGGAUCUUGGGCUCACAGAUAGGAUCACAGAUUUAAUUGACUAUCUGAUUGGAAAUGGGCAACAUAUCGAAGCUUUUCGUAUGGUACAAGCUUUUAAUUUGGAGGACACAUAUCCUCUAUUUUCUCUUCUGAAGGGAUUAAUUGAAAAGGUCAAGCAUAGUUCUUUGAACUUGGCUACACCGAAGGAAGUUAAAAAGACUCUGUGGGUUGCACGUCAUCUAGCUGAGAAGGAACUCGUUGAUUCUAGCCAACGCGGUGCUAUCGUGGCACAAAUUAAAUAUCUGCUAGGUGAAUAUGCAAAGAAGCGUAAGCAGAUCAACAAGAAGCGCAAGAAAGAGGAGCAGGAGAGCCACGAGGGACAACAUGGUCAGCAGCUGCAGGAACUGAAUCAAAACAAGUUAAUUCAAGGGAAGCAACAUCCACUGCUUCAACAAGAAAAUAUAGCGCAAGUGACACAGCAGCAACAGGAUGCCAAACGACCAAGGCAGGCUACUCUUAAUCUACCAACACCCACCGUUCCUCUGGUUCCAAAUGUAGCUCAGAUCCAAAACUUUGGGUGUCCACCGUAUGCCGCUAUGCCUGGAAUUCACAGUUACCCUGCCCAGCCAGGUUGGCCUGGAGCUCAAGGAAGGCCAUCAACCACCUCAGUACAUGGUUCCGCCAUUUUGUCCUUCCCCCCUCACCCUGCGUUCUGUCCCAGAUAGCAUACAAGUUCUGCACUGGAUUGCUUAGUAACACAAUGAAACAGCUGUCUUUUGGCUGUGAUCUGCUAUUCGGGGAUCCAGCUUGUAAAUAAACCUGUCGUUGUUCGGUUCUAGUCUGUCUUGGUCGUAGAGUGCAUCUAUGAAGGUUUGCCCCGCGGAGUUGAGCCCUGUAUAGAGGUUUCCGUAGUUGGUUUAACUUCUUUUUGCUGGAAACUGUGUCGAGAAACCUUGUAAUUUCGUUACCCAAAAGCAACGAAAUUCGGGCUUGGUCCUUCCCUGGAAGAAAGAAACAAAAUGAAACAGCCUGAUGUUGGUUUGUUC